ACUCUUUUAUAUUAUGAGUCAAUGAGUCAACGUUCUUUUAUAAUGUAUACAUAGUCUCUUUUGCAACUGAUCUUCUUCCACAUAGCUCUCUUUAACGCUCUCUGAUAUUAUUCAUCUCUUCAAUCAUACUUGCUAAUGGAUUCUUCUUCUUUUUUCCUUACCACUGUUCUUGCUGCAACAAUAGGCUUCUUCACGAUUUUUAAAAAACUCAGACUCCAUCAAGAAGAGGACGAAGAAACUUCAUCUCCUCCAUCUUCUUUGUCUCCUUCAUCUUCUCCAUCUUCUCUAAAUCGCAUCUGGACACACCAUGUCUUUCCAAGUUUCCGUGGGGAAGAUGUCCGUAGAGACUUUCUUAGUCACAUUCAGAUGGAGUUUCAAAGAAUGGGAAUCACACCAUUCAUUGAUAAUGAGAUCAAGAGAGGAGAAUCCAUCGGUCCUGAACUCAUUCGGGCCAUUAGAGGAUCCAAGAUCGCAAUUAUCUUACUCUCGAGAAACUACGCUUCUUCGAGUUGGUGUCUUGACGAAUUGGUGGAAAUUAUGAAGUGCAAGGAAGAAUUGGGUCAAAUAGUGAUGGUUGUAUUUUAUAAAGUGGAUCCCUCUGAUGUGAAAAAACUAACCGGAGAAUUUGGGAAAAUCUUCAGAAAAACUUGUGCCGGUAAAACAAAGCAGGACACUGGGAGAUGGAGACAAGCUUUGGCUAAAGUAGCCACAAUCGCUGGUUACCAUUCAAGCAACUGGGAUAAUGAAGCGGCUAUGAUCAAACAAAUCUCUACUGAUAUUUCCAACGAGUUGAAUAAUUCAGCAUUAUCAAGUGAUUUUGACGGGUUGGUUGGUAUGAGAGCUCAUUUGAAGAAGAUGGAACCAUUGUUAUGCCUAGAUUCAGAUGAAGUGAGGAUGAUCGGGAUUUGGGGUCCUUCUGGGAUCGGGAAAACCACCAUUGCUAGAGUUGCAUACAACAAAUUCUCCAAUAAUUUUCAGCUAAGUGUCUUUAUGGAAUCUAUAGAAGUAAAGUAUACAAGACCUUGUUCUGAUGACUAUAGUGCAAAGUUGCACUUACAACAAUUAUUUAUGUCUCAAAUAACCAACCAAAAUGAUAUGAAGAUUUCUCAUUUAGGAGUUGUUAAAGACAGACUAAAAGACAAGAAAGUUCUUGUUAUUCUUGAUGGUGUGGACCAGUCAAUACAACUAGAAGCCAUGGCGAAAGAAACUCGGUGGUUUGGUCCUGGGAGUCGGAUUAUCAUCACAACGCAAAAUCGAAAGAUUUUUAGGACACAUGGGAUCAACCAUAUUUACAAGGUGGAUUUUCCACCGGAUGACGAGGCUCUUCAAAUUUUUUGCACGUAUGCUUUUGGUCAAAAGUCCUCUAAAGAUGGUUUUAAAGAACUUGCUCGAGAAGUUACAAAACUUGCUGGUAAACUCCCUUUGGGUUUAAGGGUUAUGGGCUCUUAUUUUCGAGGAAUGUCUAAGCAGGAGUGGGCAAAGGAAUUACCAAGGUUAAGGACUAGCCUUGAUACCGAUAUUCAAAGCAUUCUGAAGUUCAGUUAUGAUGCCUUAGAUGACGAAGAAAAAUAUUUGUUUCUUCAUAUAGCUUGCUUUUUUAAUUAUCAAGUGAUUGAGAAAGUGGUUACUCAUCUUUCAUAUCUAUUAUUGGAUGCGAGACGAGGGCUUAACGUCUUAGCUGAGAAAUCUCUCAUAUCUAUAGAGUAUGGACGUGUAAGUAUGCAUAAUCUGCUAGUCCAACUAGGUAGAGAUAUAGUUCGUAAACAGUCUGUUCGUGAGCCUGGACAACGCCUAUAUUUAGUUGAUGGAAGAGAAAUUUGUGAAAUACUCACUGAUGAUGUAGGAACUAAUAGAAGAUUCAUAGGCAUAAAUUUCGAUUUCGGCGUGAAAAGUGUCAAGAAAAAAUUUAGUAUAAGUGAGAGAGCCUUUCAAGGAAUGACUAAUCUCCAGUUCUUAAAAUUGAAGGGAAUUCACAAUACAUUAGAUCUACUCCGUGGUCUAGAAUAUAUGUCUGGAAAUCUUCGAUUACUACUAUGGAUGGAGUUUCCAAUGACAUGUUUGCCUCCUAUUUUUAAGCUAGAGUUGCUAGUUGAAAUAGAGUUGAGUUAUAGCAAACUUGAGAAGUUGUGGGAAGGAAUUAAACUGCUUCCAAAUCUCAAGUGGAUGGAUUUGAGAUCGUCUAAAAACCUAAUGGAGCUUCCUGAUCUCUCAACAGCCAACAAUCUUCUGGAAUUGAAUCUCCAAAAUUGCUCCAGCCUAGUGAAUCUCCCCUCUACUAUUGGGUAUACUAAAAAUCUUCAGAAAUUGAAUCUUGGUGGAUGCUCAAGUCUGAUAAGUCUCCCCUCUUUCAUUGGAACUUCCACUAAUCUCCAAAUAUUAUAUAUCGGUGGAUGCUCAAGUCUAGUGGAGCUUCCUUCCUUUGAUAAUAAUUUCAUCAGUCUAAGUGGAUUGGAUCUUAGCAAUUUAUCAAGUCUGGUGGAGCUUCCUUCCUUUGAUGGUAAUUUCAUCAAUCUAAAAACAUUGAAUCUUAGCCGUUUAUUAAAUCUGGUGGAGCUCCCUUCCUUUGUUGGUAAUGCUACUAAUCUAGAGAAUUUGGACCUUAGCGAUUGCUCAAGUCUGGUAAAGCUUCCCUUUUCUAUUGGAAACCUUCAGAAGCUGCAGACUUUGAUCUUAGACGGGUGCUCGAAGCUAGAGUAUCUUCCGACUGACAUCAAUUUGGAAUCUCUGGAUAUACUUGAUCUCACGAAUUGCUUGUUGUUGAAAUUGUUUCCGGUGAUUUCCACGAACCUUAGCACUCUCCAUCUCACAGGAACUGCAAUUGAAGAAGUCCCUUCAUCAAUCAAAUCUUGGUCUCGUCUCACAGAUUUGCUGAUGACAUACAGUGUAAAACUCAAGGAAUGUCCUCAUGCUUUUGACGUCAUCACAGAGCUGCACGUGGAUGAUAAAGAAAUACAAGAGCUUCCUCCAUGGGUCAACGAAUUCUCUCGUCUGCAAAAACUUCGACUCUAUGGAUGCAAAAAGCUGGUGUCAAUCCCACAGAUUCCAGAUUCCCUCACUUCCAUAGUUGCAGAAGAUUGUGAGUCCUUGGAGAGACUAGAUUUCUCCUUUCAAAAUCCAAAAAUUUAUAGUCUCAAUUUUGAUAAGUGCUUCAAAUUGAAUCAAGAAGCCAGAGACCUCAUCAUCCAAAAACAGACUAUAACCUAUGCGGUCUUACCCGGCGGAGAAGUGCCUGCAUACUUCACUCACCGAACUGCUACCGGAGGUUCCUUGAAAAUUAAUUUAAACGAGAAGCCUCUUCCUAUAUUCAUGAGAUUUAAAGCUUGCAUUUUGCUGGUUAAUGAAGGUGACAAUGACGAGACAUGCUCUCACGUUUAUGUUACGUGUAAAAAUAGCAAAAUGGGACUUUCUUUAUUUGCCACCAGCUGGAUAGAACUAGAUGACAUUUUAACAGAGCAUUUGUACAUAUUCGAAGUGGAAAUGGAUGUAAUUUCCAGCGAGCUUAUCUUUGAGUUCAAGGUUCGCCAAGACGAUUGGGAGAUAGGACAGUGCAAUUGGAAGAUAGGACAAUGCGGGGUAAUCCAACUCUUGGAGGUCCCUUGAUGAAACUGAAGUCUACGGUAAAGUAUUGG